AGGAAAGACCUAACGUGGAAAACGUGAGGUUUGGAUAGGUUAGUUGAAACUUGAAAGAAAUCGAAUUACCGAUGGACACCUGGGCAGACAAAGCCUAAUAAACUCGGUAAUAAAUAGUGUAGUUAGAGCAUGAUUAAUGCUCGGGUAGGGCCUAAUAUGGGGAACCAAAAUAAAUUCUUAUAAAAAGACCAAAUCUUUCAAAUGAAAUGAAGUGUUUUGUCGGUAAGCUGUGAAAUGAGUUAGCUACUAUUUCACAUCUCUAUUUUUUUUUAAUAAAAGGGCUAGUAUCUGACAUUUAAUUACAUUAUAUUGUGAAAGUAUAUUCAACGACUUUGUAUUCACUAUUCCGAACAACAAAAAAUCUAGUAAAAUCCAUGAAUCAAUUUCCACUUUGGACUUCUUACAAAAAUGUAGUUCUAUAAAGAGGGGACAAAAUAACAUAUCAUUUGUGAAUAAGCUCAAGGUUUUAUCCAGCUUUGACAUACAACAUUUCUUUUUUUCUCCCAAGAGUGAGUAAAUUCGAAAGUAAUAAUUCGUCCCUCCUAAACUUGAUAAUCUCAUAGCUUCCUCAAUUGCUUCACUGAACUUGUUCUAAAAGUUCAGGUUUUGGAAUAUGGACGUUAACCAGCCGAGAGAGAUGUAUCCAGGGAUGUGGCGGUAUCCUAUGAAUCCCGACUUUUGUUGUAUCUACAGAGUCCCGAACCGUCUACGUGAAGUAAACCCAGAACCCUACACGCCUCAACUUGUCCUCAUUGGACCUCUUCACCAUUCAGUAAAAUCUCAAGCUCUCAAGGCUCUUUAUCUUGGAGAUGAUAUCACAUACACAAAGUCAAUGGCCUACUUAGACAUGGAAGAGCAUAAGAAGACUUACCUAGCAGAAUUCGCAGCAAGGAUUGAAGGGGAAACCACCAUCGAUGAAUUAAGAAGAAUGAUCAAAGAAGAGGAAGAGACAAUCAGGGCAAGCUAUCAAGAAUCAACAGCAUGGAUUCAAUCCCCAGAAUUCGUGGAGAUGGUCCUCCACGACUCUGUUUUCAUUAUAGAGUUCAUACUGAGGUUUAGCGGAGUAGUAGAUAAGAAUGGAGAUCCUCUCCUGGCCGGUCUAUCUCUUGGAAUCACAGUCUAUUAUGAUCUCAUCUUGCUCGAGAACCAGCUUCCUUUUUUUAUCCUUGAGAAACUCUUCAAUCCAAUUGUCACAAGAAUCUGGCCGCACCUAAUUACAUUCCGGGACCUAAUCAUCAUCUUCUUCGGAUUCCAAGGUAAAAUCCGAAGGAGUUCCAAAUUUAAACAUUUCACUGAUUUGAUCAGGUGUGUUCGCGUGGAGACACUUCCUAACCUUGAUGUUUGGAAAUCGAAAUCCAAACCCAUAGAGCAUAUGUAUAAUGCGGAUAAGCUAGAUAGUGGGGGAGUAAAAUUUAAGGCAGUAGGAGAUGAGUUAUCGUUAUGUGUGAGCUUCAAGAAUGGUUGUUUGAAGAUUCCUUGUCUGACGGUUGAUGACAGCCUUGAGAUGAAACUAAGAAACAUAAUGGCUCUUGAGCAGUGCCAUUACCCUAACAACGCCCACGUAUGUAGCUACGCCUUAUUCCUAGAUUAUCUAAUUGACACUGAUAAAGACGUUGACUUGCUUCUCGAGAAAGGUAACUCAUUUAUCCUUAUUUAUAUCAGUAUAAAUAUAAAAUGUCCCGCUAAAGUUGCGCAGAUGGUGAACAAGCUCGUGACAGGCAUCGUAGAUCCUGGUUCUUACUAUUAUGAUAUAGCGGGUAAAGUGAACGAGUACUAUAGAAACCCGAUGAAUAGGUCAAAGGCCAUCCUCAAGCGUGUGUAUUUUGGUAACCCGUGGACAGAGACAGCCACCAUCGCAGCCACGUUUCUAUUAGUGAUGACACUUAUCCAGACUUGGGCAUCAAUCGUUCAGGUUAAGGAGAGCGAACCUUAGAGAUGUCGUUGCAUCUCUAUCUCUAUCUCUAGAUCGUUUCCACUUUCCAACUUUGUCGUGGGUACUACGUUAUUUCUAAAUAAUCUUGCAGAUUAAUAUUAUUCUUCUUCUGUAUUUUCUACCUCUCUUUUAUGAUAGUUAAUCUGUAUCCUGAAGCUAUUAUGACAUUGGUAUAAGAGUCGUUAUGAUAAUGUUUUAGAUGAUA